AUGUUCGAGUCGGUCUAUACUAUCGUUCUCCACGGCAACGACGGCACCGGGAAAUCUACUCUCACCCUCGCCCUCAGGGCGGCCGGUGAGGUCGUCUAUGCUCGUGGUGACGAAGAUCCCGCACUCGAAGAUACCCUCGUCGUUAGGUCCUUCGACAGAUUCACGUUACAACUUGCCGACGACGACCGUGUUUCUCUCCCCGAAUCGUACACGGACAGAGAUGGAGUACACCGCAGAAUCGUACGGAUUAUCCUUGAUGCAGACCUCCCCGUUCUUCAAGCGCGGCUCGCGAACCGGCCAAGCACGGACAAGUGGGAGUCCGAAAAAGCCCUCUUUUACUUCCGCGCGCGGUUCCUUGAAUUGGCCGCGUUCUACGGUCUGCCCGUCGUGGAUACCGGAAAGAAGGGAGUCAACGGAACUGUCUCUGACAUCAUUGCUCUCGCCCGCAACCCCAAGGCCCUCGCGGUAUUCUCCAUGCUUGCCUUGCGCACACUGACUCCUAACGACAUCGCUUCCUUGGCCAGGCCCCGUGCGGUGAUCCCGGGCGUGGACUACGCCCAGCGGCUGGAGGAGAUCAUCGCUAUUGAGUGCGGCGAGACGUCAAUCUUCACGCCCGAAGACGUCCGCGCCCAAUGCCUUCGAGACCCUGGUCUCGUGCAUGCGCUCGUGAAUCACUACGACAAUUUACAUGAUGCAAAUGUUCCGCUGCGCCUUCGUCUGGUCGUCGAGGGCGAGUCGAAGCAAAUUUACAAGGUCGAGACGCCCCUGACCCGCCACUUUGACAAUCGCAUUCUCGUCUUCCUCAAGCCGACCAUUUACUCGCACAGCAAGCAGGCGACGGCGGAAAUUGCAGGUCUCGGCGCAAUCCGUGCAGCCGGCUCCCGUCUCUUCCUUGAGAUGCUCCAUCGCGCAGGAAUCAGCCAUACGUACGACGGCCUGAACGUGCAUGGGCUCAUCUGGGCGCGCAGCACCGAGAUUACGCAGAUCGAGACCGUGUACAAAGGACUCUGCGCGGGAACAGACAGGCACUCCUUCUUCGGCAUGGUCACCGAUCCCAAAGUUACGCUGCCGACGGGCCAGUAUAAGCGCGGGCCAUACGUCCGCUUCGACUGGCGGAACCCGAACCACACGUACAAGGGCAUUAAUCCUGCGACGCACCCGUUCUACCAUCUCAUGGAAGCGUCCGUCGGCAAGGAUGUCUUCUACGAUAACUACCUCACUGGGCGCGCAAAGCCGCUUGGGGACAAGUGUGUACCGGAGGAGCUCGUGCACGGCGUGCAGGACGUCGAGGCGUCCGUGGACUGGACGAUGCGCAUCUUCUUCACUAUCCAAUACUACCUUCAUCAGAUCGGGCUCGAGGUUCAGGACGGCUGUGUCAUGCUCGAUCCGACCGGGCGUACGAUGUGGUCUGAGAUCAACCAGGACUGCAUGCGCAUCAAGUGGCGCGAGGUCACCAAUGCAAACGGCCAAGACGCGUUCGACAAGGACGUCUGGCGCGCGGGGGGCAGCUCUGCAGAAGAGGCCAUCCUCGAUAAGUGGACCCAGCUCAACAGCCUGCUCCACGCGCACCUGCGGGCCGCCCAUUCCACGAGCACGAGAUGGUCACCCCUGCUCGCGGACAAAACUCUUACACUCACGCCGCGGUACCGGGCGCUGUACGAACGUCUUGCCGCGCAUGAUCGCUCACGCCUGCGGUCAGAGUCCGCGUCCGAGGCCACGUCCGAGCGUCUGCUCGCGCUCAUGCAGGAGCACAUCUGGCAGCUCACCGCCGCCAUCUCACCUCACAACGCGCAUGAGGAAGCGAAGACGAUGGUCCGACUCACGAACACGUACGCGCGCCGAGUCGGGCUGGCCCCGGCGCAAGUGUGCGCACUCACUGACUCGGACGCGGACGCCGUCCUCGCGCGACCAGCCACACCGAUUGGCUCCAAGGCGAUUGGCGUGACAGCGAACAAGUAUGCAGGCAAGACGGACGUUUUUGCGCUCGCGGAGCUGGGCGUCAAGCUCGUCCGCCCCGAGGGCCGCUGCCUGCGCGUCGACUACGAGAUUGUCGACGCAGCCAAGUUCACCAAAGCGUUCGGCGAGGGCAUGAGCGUGCACUUCGUGCCUACCAGGCCAAAGGACAUGCCGGGCCUCCUCGUGCAGGGCAUGCUCGACGGCGCGGUGACUUACAGCUCAGUGAUGGACAAUUUCCCGACUGUCGCGCGGCUCGUUGCUUCAGCGCCAGACACGGACAUUUCGCUCGCGCUCAUUGGCCGGCGUGGUCGGCAGAUCGACCCGCGCGCGUGGACCGCGGAUAAGCCCGCGCGAAUCGUGGCCGAGCAUGUGCGCAUGGUGCGAACAUUCUUUGCUGGCCUCGGCGUCCCACCAGAUACGUACGAGAUCCAGCGCGUACUCGGCUCCUCCGAGUCAUACCUCGUCAACGACCCGCGCGAGACAUACCUUCUCUGCGAUGCUAUCAUAGCUACCGGUGGCACCCUCCAAGCGAAUGAUCUUGACGUCUGGCAGGUCGUGAAAAGCAAGGGUGAUAUCGUCGUUGGCCUCUAUCAGCGACUGUGA